AUGGGUAAAGUUGGACAGCUACUAUCGCAUCCUUUAGAGCUAAAGGCUGCUCUGAAAUUGAAGCUUUUCAGAAAGCCAUUGUUUGCUGAAGCUGAAAGCGAAAAGACGCCUGAGCUAAAAAGAUGCCAUGAACUUCUAAAAUUGACUUCUAGAUCGUUUGCUUCGGUGAUUAUGGAGUUGCACCCCGAAUUGCGUAAUGCUGUUGCUAUUUUCUAUUUAGUUUUAAGAGCAUUAGAUACUGUUGAAGAUGACAUGACUAUUGAUUCAAAGAUUAAAAUUCCUCUAUUACGUGAAUUUGACACUAAAUUGGAACUAGAAGAAUGGUCUUUUGAUGGAAAUUCUCCUACCGAAAAAGAUCGUGAUGUGUUGGUCGAUUUCACUGCCAUCCUAAAAGAAUUCCACAAAUUGAAGCCAGAGUAUCAAAAAGUCAUCAAAGAAAUCACUCAUAAGAUGGGUAACGGUAUGGCUGACUACAUUUUGGAUGAAAACUUUAACCUAAAUGGACUACAAUCGGUUAAAGACUAUGAUCUAUACUGUCAUUAUGUUGCCGGUUUAGUUGGUGAUGGGCUAACACAAUUGCUCGUUUUAGCAAAUUUCAGCUCAAAAGACUUAUAUGAAGAAAAUGUUCAUUUAUAUGAAGACAUGGGUCUAUUCUUGCAAAAGACCAACAUCAUUAGAGAUUAUGCAGAGGAUUUAGAAGAUGGACGCUCUUUUUGGCCAAAAGAAAUAUGGUCUUUGUAUGCAGAGAAACUUUCAGACUUCGCUAAGCCAGAACAUACUCAACAGGGUAUUUACUGCAUUAACCAUCUUGUUCUCAACGCAAUGAGUCACAUCCAAAGUGUACUACACUUCUUGGCUUCGGUACAUGAACAAUCAUCCUUUCAAUUCUGCGCUAUCCCUCAAGUUAUGGCAAUCGCUACUUUAUCGCUUGUGUUUGCUAAUCCUAAGGUUUUGCAUGAAAAUGUUAAGAUUAGAAAAGGUACUACUUGUUACUUGAUCCUCAAAUCCAGAACCUUGAGAGGUUGCGUAGAAAUUUUCCAGUAUUACCUACGUGAUAUUAAGAAGAGAGUUACUGUUGAAGACCCAAGUUACUUGAAAAUUAACAUUCAAAUAGCAAAGAUCGAACAAUUUAUCGAAUCUAUGUACCAAGAACAAUUACCAGCUGGUGUCAAACCUAAAGAAACCCCAAUAUACAAGAAGGUAAUGGAUAGAUCUGAAUAUGAUGCAAAGGUUGCUGUAACCGAAGAAGAUGAAGAGUUCAAGUUCAACAUUGGUUUCACGAUAUUCCUCACUGUUAUCGCCGCAAUUUAUUUCGCUUACAAGUAA